GAUGCCCCAGGGAAGCCAAUGGAGGUCGGUGGCCGUAAGCUAACAGUGGGCACUCGGCUAGCUCAGGAACUUGCAGAGUUUGGUGGAGACCUGUCUCUGGAAGGCCUCCAUUUCUGGAAGACGGCCUUCUCAGCCAUGACGCACCCCGCCACGACCGUUAUCUCAUCUUGUCAAGGAGCAGAGGCUUCAGAGACAAAGGGUGACCUAUCCUCGUCCAGCGAUAAGAAGGUGGUGCUUUUACCCUGCAAAAACCCACCAAACCGCAAGCGUGUGCAGGUGUGGCUAAAAGCUAGAAAGCAGUAUGAGAGUUUACAAAAAGGCAGGAGAGAGUCUGAGCUGCUGAAGACAGAAAGGGCUGGUCUGGAGGUGGAGGAAGAUGGGGGCUCAGAGAGAAGCGAGCUGCCAGCUGCUGACAGAAGCUUGAAGGUUGAGCUCUGUAGUAACCUUUCCUGUACGAGAGCUCAAAGGAGAAAGAAACAGAGCCUGUCUUUAAUCCUGUCUCCCCUGGAGAAUACAGGAUUGAGGUGUAAAUCCACAGAAGCAAGUCCAGUUUCAGAUAAAGGCAGUGUCUGUCUUGAACAGGAGAACAAAAAUAAAGAGGAUGAUGAUGAUGAUAAAACCACCUGUCUAGAGUCCCCAGAGCUGCCUACAUGGCAGCAGUCCCAUCAACCAAGCCCCUCUGGCCAAGGACAGCUCAGUGAGAAUAAGCCAGGUGAAGACUCUCCAGAACCGCUAUCAUCUAUGCGCUGUAAUUCCCCAGAGCUGCUAAGAGGGAACCACAGUCCCUCACCUCUCGCUGUCAGUGACAGGGAUGAGAGGAGGACCAGUCCCCAGCUCGUUCACAGCACCCCUUUCUUAAGGAGGCGAUGGAGAAGCAAAGAAGAUCUGGAUCCAGUGUGUAGCACGCCCAUAUCUCAGGAGGAUCCUGUUUCUCAGAGACUCCAGCAAAGGAGGCGGAGCCAGGCAGACCCCCUGAGAAGAGUGUUACUGACCACGCAGAUGAAGAAUCAGUUUGCUGCUUUGAAUGUGCCAAAGAAAGAUAACUCUCAGAUCGAAGGGCCAAGUAUAGCCAAUUCCUACGGCUUUAAAGUCAGCAUGCAGAACCUACAGGAUGCCAAAGCUCUGCAUGAGGUCCAGCACCUGACACUGAUGACCAUGGAGCUUCAUGCAAGAACCCGCCGUGACCUCGAACCUGACCCUGAGUUCGACCCCAUAUGUGCCUUAUUCUACUGCUUCAGUUCAGAUACCCCCCUGCCUGAUGUAGACAACACCCAGCUCACGGGGGCCAUCGUGGUAGACAAAGACCAUCAAGGUUCCAGCCAAGGAUGCAGAGGAAGAGCACCGUUGCUGGUCAGAUCAGGUGUUUCUGGGCUGCAAGUGACAUAUGCUGCUGAUGAGAAGAUGCUGUUUGACGUGUUGGUCACCAUCAUGAGGAGAUUUGACCCGGACAUCUUGGUGGGCUACGAGGUGCAGUUGCAUUCCUGGGGCUACCUCCUUCAGCGGUCCUCAGCACUUGGAGUGGAUCUCUGCCAGCAGCUGUCACGAGUGCCAGGUGACUCCAAAGAGAACCGCUUUGCUGCAGAGAGGGAUGAAUACGGAGCCGACACCAUGACAGAGAUCAACAUCAUCGGGCGCAUCACCCUCAACCUGUGGAGGGUGAUGAAAACUGAGGUGACAUUAAACAACUACACUUUUGAAAACGUGGCCUUCCAUGUGCUCCACCAGCGCUUUCCUCUCUACAGUCCCCGCACUCUGUCUGACUGGUUUGACCACAACACAGACUUGUACAGAUGGAAGAUGGUGGAUCACUAUGUGAGCCGUGUGCGUGGCUGCAUGCAGCUCCUGCAGCAACAUGACAUCAUUGGCAGAACAAGCGAGCUGGCCAGGCUAUUUGGAAUUCAGUUUUUCCACGUUCUGACCCGAGGAUCACAGUACCGUGUGGAGUCCAUGAUGCUGCGUGUGGCCAAGCCCCUAAACUACGUCCCAGUGACGCCCAGCAUACAGCAGCGUGCCCAGCAGAGGGCUCCACAGUGCAUCCCUCUGGUGAUGGAGCCUGAGUCCCGCUUUUACAGCAACUCGGUGGUCGUGCUGGACUUCCAGUCGCUCUACCCUUCCAUUGUCAUCGCAUACAACUACUGUUUCUCCACCUGCCUCGGCCAUGUGGACAACCUGGGAACGCCCGAUGAGUUUAAGUUUGGCUGUACCUCCCUGCGAGUCCCUCCUGAGCUCCUCUACCAGCUCCGCAACGACAUCACCGUGUCGCCUGGUGGCAUCGCCUUCGUUAAGUCUUCAGUGCGUAAAGGUGUCCUGCCCAUGAUGCUGGAGGAAAUCCUCAACACGAGGAUCAUGGUGAAGCAGUCCAUGAAAACCUACAAGCAGGACAAAGCCCUGACGAAGCUGCUGGAUGCACGGCAGCUCGGACUCAAGCUCAUCGCCAACGUCACCUUUGGAUAUACCGCUGCUAACUACUCUGGACGCAUGCCCAGUGUGGAGGUUGGAGACAGCAUUGUCCACAAAGCCAGAGAGACCCUGGAGAGAGCCAUCAGGAUGGUCAAUGACACCAAGAAAUGGGGAGCGCGUGUCGUGUACGGAGACACCGACAGCAUGUUUGUUUUACUGAAAGGAGCCACCAAAGAGCAGGCUUUCAAGAUUGGCAAAGAGAUUGCAGAAGCAGUGACUGCAACCAACCCCAAGCCUAUCAAGCUCAAGUUUGAGAAGGUGUACUUGCCGUGCGUUCUGCAGACAAAGAAGCGCUACGUGGGCUACAUGUAUGAGAGCCUCGACCAAAAAGAGCCCGUGUUUGAUGCCAAAGGGAUUGAGACGGUGCGCCGUGACGGCUGCCCUGCUGUUUCCAAGAUUUUGGAGCGUUCCAUCAAGCUGCUGUUUGAGACACGUGACAUUAGCCAGGUGAAGCAGUUUGUACAGCGUCAGUGUGUGAAGAUUCUGGAUGGCCGGGCCAGCAUCCAGGACCUGACCUUCGCCAAGGAGUACCGGGGCAGCGGCUCGUACCGACCUGGAGCUUGCAUCCCUGCGCUGGAACUCACCAGACGGAUGAUGGCGUAUGACCGAAGGCUGGAGCCACGCGUGAGUGAGCGGGUGCCCUACGUCAUUGUGUACGGCACACCCGGCGUGCCCCUCAUCCAGUUGGUCCGCCGGCCCACCGAGGUGCUGCAGGACCCCACCCUGCGCCUCAAUGCCACCUACUACAUCACUAAGCAGAUCCUGCCGCCGCUGGCCCGUAUGUUCCAGCUGAUCGGAGUCGACGUGUUCAGCUGGUACCAGGAGCUCCCCAGGAUCCAGAAGGCAUCCUGCUCCUCCGUGGUGGGUGGGGAGGAAGCGGGGAGGAAGGGGACAAUUUCCCAGUACUUCACCACGCUUCACUGCCCUGUGUGUGAUGAGCUGACCCAGCUGGGUGUGUGCUCACGGUGUCGUGCUGAACCUCAGCGAGUCGCUGUUACACUCUACCAGGACAUGAGGCAGUGGGAGAGUCAGCAAGAGCAGUUGCUGAAGAUCUGUAGGAACUGUAGUGGCUGUGCUGAGCGCCAGGUUCCCUGUGUGUCCCUCAACUGUCCCGUCCUCUACAAGCUGUCCCGGGUAAACAGACAACUUUCCAAGGCCCCCUACCUCCGUCAGCUGCUGGAGCAGUUCUGAUUGGCUUCCGAGUCCCGGAGCCACCCACUGAUUUGGUGCUAAUUCCCAGCCUUCCAUCUUAGUGUUUGUCCAUUUGGUCGUUAAAGUUUCAAUGGUGCUUUGAUUGAGCCCUGAUGGGUUUUCUCAUUUUGUCUCAAAGUAUUUCUCUGAGUAUGGAGACUGUUUACUUCAUGCCUCCAGUGGAAGAGGCCAUGUGUUCGUUUGCUGCCAUCUCCAUUAGCUGCUAUGGGCCGAAUGAAGCUGAUCUCUUUGAUGACACGGCCACAGACGGCCUGUUGCGGAACUGAGUCCAGUCCAAUCAAGGAACAUGUGUCGUAUUGUGUAUUCGCUGUAACUGGUUUUUAAAGAUCUUCUUAUAAAUUCAGAGACGAACUACACCCAAACCACUAAUUGACUUUUUCUCCUUUUUAUACUGACUGCAGUCUUUUGUAAAUAGUUCCUGUACAGAUCCAUCUCCAAUCUCACUGUGCAUUAACCAACUACAGCUCCAAUCAUGAACACAAUCAAAGCAGUUUGAUGCGUUCUUUUUGAAGGUGCCCUUGUCCGUUUUGGCAGAUUUGACAGUUCAUACUACAGAGUAUGGAAACUGGAAAGCUAUCCAUUUUUUAUUUUUAAAUGUGGGACUGCUGCAAUACUGUAUUUUGGUAAUUUAUGCCAUGAAGAGUCUAUUAUUUCCUUGUGGAUAUAUGGUUUUGUGUACGUUUCCAUUUUACUGUGUAAACCGUCUUCAAACUACAUUAAAAUUUGAUCUUUAACCCUCCCUCUCCAUGCAGCCGUACACAGGAUCUGUGGAUUUGUAAAAAUGUAAAAACUUAUAAUGAAGGAGAUCCUUUUUGUUUGUUUUUAAUGAACAUUGCUGUGGGUGAAGGUUUGAGAUUGAUAUAAUAAAAUAAAAAAAAUCAAUGUA